GAACGUACCAACCCAGUAGUGCCCGCAGUGGGCUGGAGACAAGGCGUCCACUAGGCCACAGCUCAGCGAGCUCGACACAAGCCUACUCCUCCUCUUCUGCAGUUUCGACGUGCUACAUUCAAUGUCGCAUCUUGGAUAUCCAACAUCAUAUCCCUGUCGACCAUAAACACGCCGUCGCCCUCCGCCCGCAUUGCCAUCGCGUUUAGCUAUACGUCCCCUACGUCUAUGCGCAUAUUCCCACUUCGUUUCUAUUGGCGCGACAUUUUGGAGCUCCAUCGACGUCAUAUCCAGCGCGAGUGGCCUGUAUCGAGUAACCUCAGUUUCAGACCUCCCGCCUGGCAAUAACCAUGGCAACCCCAACGCUUAACUUCAUCACCUUUAACCAAGACCAUAGCUGCCUUGCUGUUGGCACCUCCAAAGGCUUCGGCAUCUAUCACACGGACCCGUUCUCGCGUAUAUUCAGCAGCGAUGACGGAAACAUUGCGAUUAUCGAAAUGUUGUUUUCGACGUCUUUGGUCGCCCUGAUUCUCUCUCCCCGCCAUCUUAUUAUACAAAACACCAAGAGAGCUUCGGUCAUAUGCGAACUGACCUUCCCAUCCGCCGUAUUGGCCGUACGACUGAAUCGCAAGCGAUUAGCCGUUGUGCUCGAAGAAGAGAUUUAUUUAUACGACAUAAGCAACAUGAGCCUCCUCUACACCAUCCCUACCUCGCCGAACCCGUCUGCCAUAUGCGCCCUGUCGGCGUCCUCCGAGAAUUGUUACAUCGCAUAUCCGCUCCCUAAACCGAGGGAAGAGUCAGACAAUAGGCGACCCUCCCACGCUCCGCCGCAGUCCGCAUACGUUGCCCCCACGUCUGGAGAAGUUCUCAUGUUCGAUACAUUGACGCUCAAGGCUGUUAAUGUUGUGGAAGCUCAUCGCUCGCCGUUAUCUUGCAUCAGUCUCAACAGCGAAGGAACGAUGCUGGCAACUGCAAGUGAGACCGGCACUAUCAUUCGAAUAUUUUCGGUGCCCCGGGGCCAGAAGCUCUAUCAGUUCCGCCGUGGGACAUAUCCGUCUACAAUUUAUAGCAUGUCGUUUAAUCUCAGUUCGACACUACUAUGCGUUUCCUCUGCAUCAGACACUGUACAUAUAUUUCGUCUCAGCUCUCCUCCAGGCCAUACCACUCCAGCUGGUGCCCCAAUCGAGGCUCUGGGUUCUCCAAGACAAGAUCGGUGGUCUCGAGGACGAAGUCACGAUGGGGCGGAUUCGCCAAGUAAUAGUGCAACAGAAUCUCCAAAGAGUGAAACCGCAGAGCCCGCAGGUAAUGGCACUACGCCGGAUUCCAGUGCUCAGCCGGUAAAUCGCAAGCAAAGCGGCUCUUUCAGCAGUAUGCUACGACGCUCAUCCCAAAUUAUGGGUCGAGGUGUUGCUGGCGUGGUUGGCUCAUAUCUCCCACAAUCAGUUACUGAGAUGUGGGAACCGCUGCGAGAUUUCGCUUACAUCAAAAUUCCCAAAACUACCGGGCUCGGUGCUGGAGCUCGUCUACCGGGGCAAGGCUCCAAUCCACUUCGCAGCGUAGUUGCGAUGAGCAGCAGCAGCCCCCAGGUUAUGGUGGUGACAAGUGACGGAGGUUUUUACGUCUAUAAUAUCGAUAUGGAGCAUGGCGGAGAAGGUUACCUGGUUAAACAAUUCUCAGUUCUUGAAGGAGAUAGCAAAAGUGACCCUUCAGCCUACACAGGCUAAUAUAUUGGCAUUAACGUAGCAAACUCCCCAAUCUUAUACCCCCGAAACAAUUUUUGGGACUGGCGUAACCGGUAUUUCAGAAACGGCCUCAUUUUUGUGGCUUUUUAUUUCAUUUGUGUACUAAUGCAACACCCCGUCUUCGAUGCCAGUUUCAGUGUCGUCCUGGAAUAGCAUCACCUCGUUUAAUAGUACUUCAGACGUCACUAAUACGCCAAUUUUUGGACCAAAAUCAUUUUCUUUUUGCUUGGAUGAAAAAAAGUUAAGAAC